CCCAUCACAAACUGGACGCCAGAAAAGAAAAUGUACAUGACAAGUCUGAUGAGCCAUGGCGUUCCGGCAGCGCAGCCGCGAUGGCUCACUGGCGUCAAGAUUGCCAUGAUUCUCCUCUCACUCGUUAUCGUGGGGCUCUCUGCGUUUGCUAUUACCAUCAUCAAAACCUUUGGCGAUCGCCGGUUCGCCGGCCCCGGCUCUGCAGCCUUGUUCAUCUUCACUGCCGUCAAAACUGUGGUGCUGUACGUCUUUGCCCUCGUGGUAGAGAAGAAGGUGCCUCGUUUCUUCUUCCGCAUCCUCUUUGUUGUCUCGUACGGGUUCAGCGUCUUUUUCUGGAUCGCCACCUGGGUGUUUGGUAUCAGAAUCACGCGGUUUUGGUUCGUCGCUGCGAGUAGGUUCACCGACACCAGCCGGUUUGGUGACCUCGGCGCGAGACUCAAGAAAGAGGGCGCUGUCAUGGCUGCGGUCACGGCCAUUUCACUUGUCGUGUCGAUCUUGACACUCGUCCAUAUGAUAUUCUUCGUCAAGGCCUGCAGAAGGGAGGGGCCAGCAGGGCCCUACGCCCAGCAGGCCGAGCUGGGUCAGUUCCCAUACAAAGAAAAUGGUCAGCAGGGGCCGCCGAUGCCUCCCCAGCAGUACCCGUACUAUCCCCAGCCGGUAUACGGCCAGCAACAGCCCAUGUAUCCUCCACCGCCACCAGGACAGCAGCAAAUGUAUCCCCCACCACCGGGCCAGUACCCACCGGGGCAAUACCAGCCUCCUCCCCAUCAAGCAACACAGUGA